AUGCUAAUCUUAUUCAUUCCAUCUUUUACGUCAUUUUUAUUCUUUUUGCUUCUUCUUCUUCUUCUACAAACUUCUUCGACUUCAUCAUCAAAACUUUCUUCUUCUUCUAUUUCUUCUUCUUUGUCUUCUUCUUCUUCUUUAUCUUCAAAAACUUUUUUUCAUCUUCUAAACCUUCUUCUUUUUCUUCUUCUUGAAAUCCUCCUUCUUCAUCUUCAAAACCUUCUUUUUCUUCUUCAUCAUCUUCACAAACUUCUACUUUUUCUUCUUCUUUUUCAACUUCCAAAAAUUCUUCUUUUUUCUUCUUUUUCUUCUUCCUCUUCAAAUCUUCUUCCUCUUUUUCUUCUUCAUCAUCUUCAAAACCUUCUUUUUCUUCUUCUUCUUCAUUUUCAAAAACUUCUCCUUUUUCAUCUUCAAAACUUUCUUCUUGAAAACCUUCUUCUUCUUCAUCUUCAUAACUUAUUCAUUCCAUCAUGUCUUUUUCAUCAUUUUUAUCCCUUUUGCCCCGUUUUCUUCUUCUUUUUCCUCUUCUUUUUCUUCUUCUUUUUCAAUAGCUUUCUUCUUCUUCACUUCCUUUUUUCUUCUUUUCUUUUUCUUCAUCUUCAAAACCUUCUUCUUCUUUUUCAUCAUCUUCAUAACCUCCUCCUUCUUCAUCUACAAACCUCUACUUCGACUUCAUCAUCAAAACCUUCUUCUUCAUAUCCAGAACCUUCUUCUUCAUCACCAUUUUCAAAACCUUCUUCUUCUUCUUCUUCUUCUACUUCUUCUUCCCGCCAUUGCUUUGCACUCGGUCCGGUUUGUCUAGCUAGUUUGCAGCUGCAAAGCGUAAACUAA